GAUAGGUUUCUAGACAUGGGCAUCAAUGUAAAUGCUGCCGCAAAGGAUGGCAUUACGGCCCUACAUAUUGCUGUUUCCAUGGUCAAAGAAGAUGCCAUUCGUCUGCUGCUGAGUCGCAAAGCUGACGUUUCUGUAGCUUAUGGGCCAAAAGGACAACUUCCUAUUCAUAUUUUGUGUUCAAAAGGGAGAGGUUCAGCUUCUGCGACUUUGAGUAUUCUACUUAGAAGUGGCGGAAAAGACAUGAGGUUAGCUAAGGAUAAAGACGGGAAAAUUCCGCUAUUCUUAGCUGCUGAAUGUGACAACAACAGUAUGUGCAGAGAACUGCUAACCGCUCUGAGCAAAGAGCAGCUCAAAUAUAAAACAGAGGAAGGUGACACAGCUAUGCAUAUAGCCACUCGCAGAAAAAAUGGGGAACUUCUACGGCUUCUCUUAAACAGUGGAGGCUGCGUCGAUUCCCAAAAUAAUGAAGGCCUUACCCCUCUGCAUAUCGCUUGCGAACAAGGAGAUGCAGAAAUAUUAAAAGUAUUCUUCCAGUUCCGUGCAAAUGCCAACAUAACAGACAGCCAAGAUCGAACGCCGCUGCAUAUAGCAGCAGAAAAGGGCUUCAGUACGAUUGUGGAAACGCUAGCGGACAAAUUCAAAGCUUCAAUUUUCAAACGAACAAAGGAUGGAAGGACUCUGAUGCACAUAGCUUCCGAAUCUGGUCAUCAAGAGACAGCAUUAGUCUUCCUUAAAAAAGGCGUGCCUCUUCAUAUGUCAAAUAAAACUGGAACAAAAGCGAUUCAUACUGCAGCGGCACAUGGAUUUGUAGAAGUAAUAAGAAACCUGCUAGAUCGAGGGGAAAACGUGGAUGCUACUACACCAGAAAACUUUACAGCCUUACAUCUGGCAGUGCAAGCUAAUCAACCAGAAGUUGUUGAAAUCUUACUUGGACAUGGAGCUAAUGUUCAGUUGAAAGCUGGAAAAAAUGGCGAAACGGCAUUACACAUGGCUGCUGGUGUCAUUGACGGACACAAGUGCGCUGAGCUCAUUAUCAAAAGUGGUGCAGAUGUCAACGCCCAAAAUGAAGAAGGCGAAACUCCUUUACAUAAUGCUGCUCGACAUGGUCAACUGAAAACAGUCACUCAACUCUUAGAAGAUGGCGCUGUUUUGGACAGCUUAUCGAAGUAUGGAGAAAGUGUACUUCAUGUUGCGGUAAAGAACUGUCACUAUGAAAUAGCUAGAAGUCUAGUUAACCACAAGAAAUUAAAAGUUACAGAAGCAGAAGUAAUGAACUACGUCAACGAGCCAAACAAAAAUGGAGAAACAGCGACACAUUAUGCAUCUUCCAUCAAUAAAAAUCAAAUUCACUACCCUACGGAAGAUAAGGAUCUCAUUGGUUUGAUGCUACAAAACGGAGGAAGUGUAACAACAGAAACAAAGCAGACUCAAGAGACUGCCAUUCAUUAUUGUUGUCGAGUGGGAAAUGAUGACGUUUUAAAGGAAAUCAUAUCACGAUUGCAUGCUUCAAAAUUACAAAUAGCCUGCAACAAACAGGCAGCUAAUGGCUGGUCUCCUCUCUUAUAUGCUUGCGACUCAGGGCAUUUCAUUGUUGUCACUCUAUUGCUUCAAAAUAGUGCAAGAGUUGAUGUCUUUGAUGUAGAAGGUCGAGCUGGUCUUCAUCUUGCAGCUGAACAUGGUCAUGCUGACGUCAUCGAAAUUCUUCUAAACCACAAAGCUUUUGUCAAUGUUCGAACUAAAAGAGGAAUGACACCUCUGCAUCAUGCAGCAGCUCAAGGUCAUGCCAAUGUUGUAAAACUACUGGUUAGCAAAUAUGGAGCAGCCAUAGAUGGUCUAACACUCAGUAAACAGACUGCUCUUCAUUUAGCAGCUCAGCAAGGCCGAUUUGAAACAUGUCGCCUUCUGUUAGAUCUUAAAGCUGAUCCUAAUGCCACAGAUAACAGAGGACAGACACCUCUUCUUUUGGCUGCUGAAAACGAUCACUCCGAGGUUGUCAAGCUUUUUCUGCAACUGAAACCAGAUCUAGUGACAAAAGCUAGUUCGAGCGGGAUUACCUGUGGUCACAUAGCAGCUAUGAAAGGAAGCGUUGCUGUAAUUAAAGGACUCAUGAAAUUUGAUCCAAAACUGGUGACUACAGCAAGAAGUAAGAACAACUCUACCGCAUUGCAUCAAGCAGCAUCAGGAGGUAAUGGAGAAGUUGUAAAAGUUCUACUUGAAGCUGGGGCUAAUCCAUCAGACGAAACUGACGAAGGAUAUACAGCAUUACACAUAGCUGCAAAAUAUGGGCACAUUGAAGUACUACAUGCUCUCAAGACGGCCAUGUCUUGGAGAACAGCUAGCAAAAAAACGGGACUAACAGCGUUACAUGUAGCUGCUAGUUACGGACAAGAAGACUUCGUGCGAGAAAUGCUAACUCAAGUUCCUGCUACUAUUUUGAGCGAAAGACCAUCAGACAAUCCGGAUGCUGAUUACGGCUUCACUCCACUUCACAUGGCCUCUCGAUACGGACGAGAGGAUGUAGUGAGAAUGUUACUGAACAGCGCAGGAGUUCAAGUCGACGCUUCUACCACUGUCGAAGCAACAAUGCCUUUACAUUUAGCUGCGAGAGGAGGACAUCUCGCUGUUGCUGGUUUGAUUUUAAGUCGCAUCACUGACAAGUUUCAUUCUGGGGACAAAAAAGGUCGAACACCUCUUCAUAUGGCUGCUGCUCAUGGCCACGAAGACAUUGUCCGACUUCUUCUUGGGCAAGGUGCAGAUAUUAAUGCUGCGGACAAGAAUGGAUGGACAGCCCUGCACUAUGCUGCAAAGCAAGGAUAUCUUGACAUGAUUCAUCUAUUAAUUGACAGCGGAGCAUCUUCAGUGGCUUCGGCAGUUGAUGGGAAAAUUCCACUAAGUAUUGCAGCAAAUGCAAAUCAUCUGGACGUUCUUAGAUAUCUUUUCAAGAAGGAGCAUAAUACAAUAACUUUAAUGGAAGAUUCUUCAUUUCUUGUGGAUCUUAUGGUUUGUGGAAAGCUUCAUAAUCAACUACCUCUGCUUGAAUUUGUCUUCGUAUCUCCCGCUCCUAUUGAUACAGCUGUUAAGAUGUCCCGUCGAUAUGAAGACUUAGCUCAGAGAGAAAAGGAAAGAGCGAGAGACCUAGAAAACAUCGCGGUUUUCUGUGAAACUUUGGCGUCGGAUUUAUUAGCCAUAGCUGCGAGCAACAAUACAGCUGGGGCCCUCCUGCAGGCUGGAGAUCACAAAAAUACCGUUUUCCUGGACGUUUUGAUCGAAUUAGAAAGAAAAGAUGUUGUAGCACACUCGGCGGUACAAAAAUAUCUCUCUGAUGUGUGGAUGGGAAACUUGAAAUGGCCAGCAUGGCAAAUUAUUUUGCUGUUUCUGGCAUUCAUAUUCUGUCCCGUGACAUGGAUGGCCUGUUCACUUCCAUUGCAUCGACUGGCUAACAUACCCAUCAUCAAAUUCAUGUCUUACUUAGUAUCACAUAUUUUCUUGAUUUUCCUACUGUGUUUUUCCAUUUUGAACCCUUAUUUUCCUCUUUGGAGUUCAGCCAGACUUCUUCCACAUCCCCACGAGUGGCUGUUACUUUUUUGGCUCCUAGGGUUCAUGGUGGCUGUUAAUGUCAAUCCAAGAGAACGAGGUGGCUUGGGAUGGAUCAAACUAGUUAUCGUAACUUUCGGAAUGGUAGCUAUCGUCAUCCAUCUAACGGGGUUCUUCUUUUCAAACGACAACCGACUGGUUAUUUUUUACAUCCGUAAUCAACUUCUAGCCGUGUGUCUUUUGUUAGCUUUCUUUGAGUUUCUAAAUUUUCUUACUUUUCAUCAUUUAUUCGGACCAUGGGCAAUUAUCAUAAGAGAUUUAAUGAAAGAUCUAAUGCGAUUUUUAGCAAUAUUAGCCAUAUUUUUAACUGGCUUUUCUUUGCAUAUAUGCGCGGUAUAUCAACCUGUGUUUGACCCUGGGAACAAAACUAUUGCUGUUGGUGCAGAAGUUUUCCAAUCUCCCAUAGGAACAUUUGAAAUGCUCUUCUACGCCUUGUUUGGGCUCGUGGAACCUGACUAUAUGCCUCCGAUGCACUUAAGCCCUCCAUUUGCCAAAGUUAUAAUGAAAGUGGUUUUUGGGGUUUAUAUGAUGGUCACAGUCAUUGUACUAAUCAAUUUAUUGAUUGCUAUGAUGUCAAAUACAUACCAGCGAAUUCAGUCUCAGUCUGACAAAGAAUGGAAAUACGGAAGAGCAAAACUUAUAAGGAAUAUGAAUAUGACACUGCCUACACCACCCCCACUCAACAUUGUGACAUUUAUUCCUACUCUGAUUCAAAGAUGGAAUGCAAAGAAAGCAGGUGCAAGCAGAUCAGGAAGAAGUCAACCGAAGUUAGAAAAAGGAACGACAAUUUUGUGGUUGUUUGGCCAUGGAGCUGCAAGAUCAUGGUUUAACAGAAAAAUGAGGAAAAGACCGGUUCAAGUUUCUCCAGUUGAUUUUCGUCAAGGUGGCGCUGGUGGCCAUGGUCACGAUGAUUUACGACCAAUUAGCUCAGUUAUAAAUUGGAAAAGCAUGGUAAGCAAAUACUUGGAAAUAAAAGGAAUAGAUAUGGGUACUACACCGCAAAAUGGAAGUACAGAAGAUUGAACUUUAUUAGUGAAACUGAAAUUAUUUUUUGAUCUAAUGUUUGACGUACAAGAGAAAGUUUUCUGGCCAUUUUUCAUAUCAUUGUCAUUUGUACGAAAAGGAGCUUAUUCACAAUUUACUUAUAUCAAAAACUGGAUGUGAAUAAAUUAUAUUUUCUUCACUUAAUGAGA